UUCCCCCCCCCCCCGUCCUCCCCCCCCCCUACAAGCUGGUUCAUUUUAGUCUCAUAAAAAAGUAAAUCAUUAAUGUUUAUCAGCCAGGUGUUUUACCUUUUCACAGGUGUGUGACAAAUUACGCUUUCGUUUUUCAAAACUUGCAGUUCUCUGUUAGUUAUUUUAUUGAGAUCUUCAACGGCUUGCACCUUUGUGUGUUUUUUUUUUAAAGGUAAGUCGGUCAAACAGCGGUGUGUCGCGUUCGGGGAAACAGAUUCGGUUUAUAUUGCUGUAAAAAAAAAAAAAAAUAGGAUCAUUUUUAAUGUACGUAGCAACCCGUAUCUCAUCAAAAUGUUGUGUAAACGUUACAGAUAAGCCGACGCUAAAGAUUGUGUGAAUAUUAUUAAUUCUGUUUAUAUGUACCAUUGUAUCUCUGCCUGUCGAUAUAAUGAGAUUCAAAUGUUUUAUAUAAUUGAUUCUUUGUUUAAGACUUUGUCACUGUCGAUACGGAUGGAGUCACUUCAAUUUGAUUUAUUUUGCAUGUUGGGUCUCUUUAUUUGGUUGUAAUUUAGUAAAUUUGUACUUUGAUCGUAAACCACAGCAACCGAACCUCAACGAAUUGGAUUUUAUUAUAGUUGUACUUUGAACGUGAUAACAGCGCUGUGUUUUUUUAACAGGAAGCUACAGCUGUGACAUUUUAGGAUUGAGACAUUAAUUAAAAAAACUUUGACAUAAUUGAUUUUAUUUAACAUCAUGUCAAAGAAACUACAAAAUGAUAUCGCCAAAAAAAAGUCUAUACCGGAAGCCAUAAUAGCAGCACAGUAGUAGAUUUGUGAAAUGUCACAUUUUUCAAUUGUCAAUUUUUCUUUUAAGUAUCUGGAAAACUAUACAAAGCGCUGGGUGUGGAAUUCAAUAUGUUAACAAGGGAACAUUAUUCAGCAGCUGUCAUUGGACUCUAUGAAGCUGAGGGAGUUCAUUCUAUAUAGAGGGGGUGGAAUUCAAUAUGUUAACAAGGGAACAUUAUUCAGCAGCUUUCAUUGGACUUUAUGAAGCUGAGGGAGUUCAUUCUAUAUAGAGGGGGUGGAAUUCAAUAUGUUAACAAGGGAACAUUAUUCAGCAGCUUUCAUUGGACUCUAUGAAGCUGAGGGAGUUCAUUCUAUAUAGAGGGGGUGGAAUUCAAUAUGUUAACAAGGGAACAUUAUUCAGCAGCUUUCAUUGGACUCUAUGAAGCUGAGGGAGUUCAUUCUAUAUAGAGGGUGUGGAAUUCAAUAUGUUAACAAGGGAACAUUAUUCAGCAGCUUUCAUUGGACUCUAUGAAGCUGAGGGAGUUCAUUCUAUAUAGAGGGGGUGGAAUUCAAUAUGUUAACAAGGGAACAUUAUUCAGCAGCUUUCAUUGGACUCUAUGAAGCUGAGGGAGUUCAUUCUAUAUAGAGGGUGUGGAAUUCAAUAUGUUAACAAGGGAACAUUAUUCAGCAGCUUUCACUGGACUUUACGAAGCAAGGUUAGUUCAUUCUAUAGGGUGGUGCAAUGCUUUUGACCAGAGCUGUGCUGUGCUGUACCUGCAGGUUUUGAAGUGUAAUAUACGGUGGCUGACAGCAUCAUCAGUAGAACCACUUCUGUUGUAAACGCAGGAAAGCAAAUCUAUAAUUUAAACAAAAGGGGAGAGGAAAGGAAGAUAGCCGCGUUGUAUCAUGUUUGGGGAUUUCGAAAGCAGAACAUGUUUACAGAUAGCUAAAGCAUUUUUUUUUUUGUGGUUUUGUCUGAGCAGUGGCUGGUUUUUCUGAUCGGUAGAGACGAUGUCAAAGAGAAAUACAGCCCAAGAAACCGCUGCUUCAGGAAUCACUGGCAGUGUAUCCAAGAAUUUCGUCGGUCUCCACUCGCUUAUCACCGCGACCUGUGACCCCGCUUCCUGCAGCUGGUAUAUCCCUGGUCUUGGCAGCGCAGGGAAUUCCCUGAGAAAGCCCGGAUCUCAAACGGCCGGUGAACGGACCGUGGAAGAGUGUCAGUGCUUCAUCAUUGAACUGACAAGGGAGCUGAACAGAAUCUUGAAGAACUCCGCUGUUCCUCGCGAUUUCUCGGAAAAAGAUGCCUGCAGCCCGGAAGAUUCUCGCCGCUUCAUCGAGAAAUGGGCCAGCGAGCUAGACCAACUUUUCCAGAUUUCUAAGAGAAGAGGGACUCCGGCUGUGAAGGACAGACUGAAGGAAUGCCAGCGGAUCAUUUCGGAGUGGGUCAGUCCUCUCAAGAGAAUGCCAGAGGAGUCUGUCUCCUUUGGGAUACAUAUGGAUCAGGGUGUUGCGGAGCUGGUGAAGGAGUGGAAACAAGGGAAGCUGAGAAACAUCUUGCCCAUCCUGGAGUUCAUCCUGUGGGCUCUGAUCAGAGAGAGAAGUAUUUCUCAUACCGAGAAAAGAACGCAGCAUAUCACUGCUGCAAUAUUCAUCCCAGAUUCAGUGUGGAGAUGGAUUCGUGAUGCAGCAGUUGAUUUGACUCUGGAACCUUCUUCAUCGAAUUCCAACUUCCUCCUGUCCGAGGAUAGGAAGCGAGUGAGGAGAGGGACCAGGCAAGCUCCCGCUGUCGAUCCCACGAGGCUGGAUCGCUGGCCCUGCGUGCUGAGCAGAGAGGGCUUCACCUCGGGGAGACACUACUGGGAGGUGGAGGUGGGGGGAAACACCUACUGGAAAGUGGGCGUCACCAGAGAAUCUGCUCUGGGAAGGGGUGGAGAAUUUGACAUGACCCUCCAGGGUGGUUACUCUACCCUCUGGUGGGAUGGAUAUCAGUUUUGGGCUGUCACUGACCCUCGGAGCCCCCUCCCCCUGAGUCUGAAGCCUGGGAAGCUGGGGGUGUAUCUGGAUUAUGAGGGAGGGCAGCUCUCCUUUUACAAUGUGGAGACCAGAUCUCACAUCUACACUUUCACUGACCUGGAGUUCAACGGCAGUGGGAAGGUCUAUCCAGUGUUCUAUACCCGGGAUUGGAAAAAAGAGCUGGUGCUAGCGCCCCCUGGUGGCUCGGAAGAUUAAACGCACGUCUGAAUCAGGAAUCUAUUCGAAGAAAUCGGUCUCUCGUUCACGUUUGCUGUAUGUCGAGGCGUUUUUUUGGUUUUCACUACAGCUGAGCUCUUGGUUAAUUAACCAAACCUUUAAUUGAACUAUAAUAAUCAUUUGUUUAAUUAGACUUUUUUUUUUAAUUGUUCCCAGCUCUUAAAAUGAGUUACGGAUUUCAAGUUACUUCUAAAAUGUUUAUAAUAGUUAACUUGGAAUCUCAAACUGUGUUUUUUUUUAAGAGCUGAAAAUAAUAAAAAAAGGUUAAGCAAAUUAGCAGUUCAAUUAAGGGUUUAGUUAAUUAAUUGAGAACUCAGAACACACACAGGGGGGUCCCCAGGACUAGGUUUGAGACUCUCUGCUGUAAACGUUCACUGAAGAAAACUCGUAUUCUCUUCCAGUCAACACUAGCCUUGCCUAAAGCAGAGGGGGGGGUCAAACUCAGUUCCUGGAGGGGGGGCCGCGGGGUCUUGUGGCUUCCGUUCACACCUGAGCUCUCCGUUACUUAAUUGGUCUAAUUAUUUGAUUAACUGGAACGAAUGUAACACUUCUCUCCAGGACUCAGGACUUGAAUCAGGUGUGUUUUUGAAAUCAUCAUCAACUAUAAAAGACCUUGAAAGAAAAAUAUGAAAUAUGUUCAGUUGAACAAAUAGUUAGAUCAGUGAAGUUAAUUGAGAGUUUAUGUUGGAAGGAAAGUCAGAAGACCCCGCGACACUCGAGGACUGGAGUUUGACAGAGACAGAGAGACUGAAAAAAAGCUCAAGGGAAGUGCUAGAGGGGCAUUUUGAUAAAGUGGCUCCAUUUCCUCUGUGUUGAGAGCUUCAUAGCCGGUAUGAAAUUUCACUGCUUUGAUUACAGGAAAUAAAUUUUUAUUUAUAUCUCCAUAUAAAUAAAAAUUAGUAAAUAAUUAUGCUUGUCAUUUUAUACUUCUAAAGACUGAACACUUUGAUUUUAAAAUGUUUAAAUUUACAUAAAUAAACCUUGUGUUUUGAGUGAUUUAAUUUUAUUUUUUCAAAUCAAAAUGUAUUUGGUACUUAAUGAGUUAAGAUUCUCAAACACGAUCACAGGAGACUACAGCACCCCUAAACAAACCGGGAGUGCAAUUGCAAAACGUUACCAGCAGGUGGCAGCAUAGUAUUAACAAAUCCACAGACAUUUUUUAUUAUUAUUACUUGCAUUCGACUUUAAAAGUUUUUAAUGCCUCAGAUUUCGGUAAACGUGACUUUUUAUAUAUAUAAGAGACGCGACUAAUUGCGGGUACAAUUAAAUAUCAAUAAUUUGACAUUAGCGAUUGAUAUAUCUUACAGUUAGUUACAGAUUGAUCACACUGAUCCACAAGCAACAAUCUGGCUUGCUAACCCACUGUAUAUUCUCUGCUGCUGUCUGUGCCAAAAAAGUGUCUGUUUUCACUCGAUUUCCAAGA